AUGAAAUUUGCCAAAGAAUUCAAAGAUGCCCUUGCCAGAGAAGGCUUUCCGCCACGCUGGGUAGAUUCUGCCAUUCCUUAUGGUCUGCUCAAGAAAUCUCUUAAAAAGAUUGCGACCGAGUUAGCACAAUGCGGUCUGGAUCCUGCUGCGCUUGCAAAGUUGAGAGAGAUUUCCAGUACUGGUCCUGCGUACUUGUAUGAUUUCAAGGGGUCGAAAUUUCGGCCCACCCUCAUCUUACGGCUUGAACAAGGUGUCACCGUUGAUGCUAGGCUGUCAGCUGACACGAGAAGAUAUCUAGAGGAUCUGGUAAAUCACCAUCGGGACCUUUCAGACGUGUCGCUAUCCGAUCCCGCUGGUGAUGAAGGUGGCCAAAUUGUUCCUACAGAUUCAUCGUCAGAGAUUGAGGUGGAACGACCUCUUGUUCGGGAAGUCGAAGUGCCCCUGACUUUCGAUGCAGAAUUCUUCGGUCUUCUGCAGGGAGAUGUUGAAAAUCUUGAUGCACUCCAAGACGAAGAACAAAGGGCUCUCGUCGCCGAGGUUGGCGAUCUUUCAAAAGAGCUCGUGAAGCUCAGCGAGCCUUCAAGGUUCAAAAAGACCGACCAGUAUCGGUGGAGAGAAUUGUUUGAUGUUUACGUACAGGCUGGAAUAUUCUUUUCGGAUCUCGAAAAGGAUCAUGGUAAGCGUGAUAGUGUAGCUGCAUUGAAGCGUUUACAAUGGUUCCAGAGUGAAGUAGUUAAAAGAGGCAUCGUAGAUACAUUCAAACUAUCCCCUAGCCGUAAAGCAUUGAACCAGUUUAUCAGCAUUAAUGUUACGCUACUCCAAAAUCUCCAAUUUCAGGAGAUCAACCAAAAAGCUAUUGCUAAGAUAUUGAAAAAAUUUGACAAGAGGACAACGCUUGGUGCUAGGCAAACAUUCCCCAGACUGAUCCAAUCCGACGUUAUCAUGACGGAAACGAUGGCCAGAUCUGUAUGCGCACAGGUGACACAGGAUCUUGUUCAGAUAGUACCUCAGUUGAGUGAUUAUACUUGCCCUGUCUGUCUGGCGAUAGUAUGGCGACCAAUAAGAAUGGAAUGCAAUCAUGUUCUAUGUGUUCGAUGCACGGUGUUCAUGCAGCGGCGUGGGACCAAUGCCUGCCCCUUAUGCCGAGACGAAGUGAUUUUAAAGGCUGAUCAAGAUAACAUCGAUGAAAAACUCUCCAAGUUUCUCUUACGGAAUUUUCCCAAAGAAACAAAGGAAAAACAGAUUGAGCAUGAAACGAUAGAUGGCAGGGAGAGGUUUGGCAUUUACUAUACCCAUCCUUCGGAGCAAACUCCCUUACAAAGAUAUUGUACUAUCAUGUAA